AUGCCCGUGUAAUCUACUCAUGUGUCACGCUCGAACCCCACCGUGCUCCCGUGCUCGCCUCUGCAAUGCUGCAUCUUCCCAGUCCCACCCUCUGCUUCCUCCGCCGCAUCUUGCCAUCCGGCCCAUGGCGCUUCUCCUCCACCGCCCCUUCCUGAUUUCCUCCAUGUCCCCAUGUCCUCCCUGUAGUUCCCAGCCAGAUAGCGAGUCAGAGACGGGCCGACCGACGCCGCAUCGAUUUGCGGCGGAUCUACAUCCACGCGGGCGAGCGCGAGAGCGGUAAGCCACUGUGCGGGUGGCGAAUGGCGAUGCACAUGGCGGACACCUCCUCGAAGACCAUGGCCACGGCAACAGAGGCGAACCGGCCACCCCCUCUUCCUUGCACAAGCGUUCCGCGUGCCGACCCUGUCGCCGGUACUGGAAGCUGCGGGCACGACAAGCCCGCACCGUGCUGGCCCGGCCCGGGCCAACCCUCAGGUGCAGUUCAAGUACCCGUGCAACAAGAUGGCUGGCCGAGUCGCCGGCUCGUCGCUUUCUGCUUCCCGACCGGUGUGGCGAGGCGCAGAUGCUCGACGAAAUGCCGGGCAAGGGAAGCACGGUACUGAGCGCUGGCCUUGUUCGAUCAAAUGCCAAGCAGAGGAUGAAUGCAGCGAAGCACACUCGAGGAAUUAACGCAAAGGCCCGUCCAUCACCGACUCCGAGUUGGAAGACGAUGCCCAGCACGACAGAAUGCUCCACACAGGUCAGUGUUCAUCAGACAGGCAAGUCCGUCAAGAGAUGAUUACCGACCUGCAAUUCCCACCUGAGACAACAGAAGGCUAGCCGUUUGCACACCCAAGCGGCCCAAACCCAUAAGACGUCCUCACGGCUAUAAAAGGCCACAACCUCUGUCCUCCAAUACCGUAUCUCACCUUCAGUUCACAUAGUCCCUCCCAAAGUCAGAACACGAAGGAACCCAACGCCAACGGCAGGCAGCAGCAGCAGCAGCAACCCAAGAACUCCUCCCACGUCAAGAAACCAAGAAGCAAUCAUGUGGACGUGGGGAAGGAGGAACCGAGGCAGGACAAGCGCGCCUCCUGGAGCGAGUUCGGGCUCCCUCGCCUCCACGACCACGACGACGAGCGAGGGGGACCAGACCUUGCAAGAGGACCUGCUUCGCCAUGUCGAGAAGGAAAUAGAAGAGAGGACCGGGGCCAGCCUUCGCGCCGGCGCGCAAGAAAGCUCCUCCUCCGGCCAGCCAUCACGAUUCUUGCGAGGAGCGCGGAAGGCUGCCAAGAAGGUUCUAGGCGUCGGCAAGAACCCCGCUCCCUCCUCGCCGAGGUCAGCAGCAAGAACGCUGCGAGAGCAGAACACGGCAUCUGGAAUCGCCGGCACGUCAGGCUCGGUGCCCGUGGCGGCGCCAGCAACUGGAAUCGAUGAUGAAGCCAGGUCGGAGCAGCAGCCUGCAACCCGCACGCGGUCUGAGUUCGCCGCUGCGAUGCGAAGUGCAUUGGCGAAGAUCCAAGAGGAUGCUGCCGCGGGCGACGCCCAAGGGGAGGCAGCGUUCGCCGAGAUGGAGCAGGCGAUGACCGGCCUCAUGGACCUCUCUUACAAGAAAGUGGAGCCCCCGAAACUCCCGCGCGAUUUCGCCACCAAAUGGGCUCCUGAUAAUGCUGAUGCACUGCAUGGAGGAGCAAUGGAUGAUCCUGUCAUAUUGGCUUCUGGAUAUUCUGUUGAUCAAUCAUACCAGCAGUGGUUCAUUUCACAGAAUAAUACCUGCCCAGUUACUGGUCACUCCCUGCCCCACUCACUCGCAGUUCCAAACCACCUCCUCCGUGACAUGAUUACUGCGUGGUUCCUCGAGCACUCAGACCUCCCCCCCUCUACCACUGCUGAUACGCUCUCUUCCCCCUUGAUACCACCUUCAGAGGAACAAAUGCAAGACAUCCUAGACAAGUUCUCAGGUCAUUCAUUACUGCAGAAAGAGGCCUUGCAUUCGAUCCAUCUAAUGUCUAAAACAUCCAAGGGAGUGCAUCCUUGCCUUGACAAGUGGCCAGGCCUGGUCCCUGUGCUCGUAAAUCUUAAGAAGAAAUGGAAAUCUACAUGGGCACGUGAUGUCGAGGAGGACAGGAUCUCAGUAUUCCUUAAUUUGUCCAUGCACAGGCCCAACCGGGAGAUCCUAGCCGGACAAAAUAAGCUACCAGCUGUUCUAAUCAAAGUCGUCAAGAAGGCAGAAAAGCUUGGAACCUCAGACUCAUUUUUGGCGAUGGUAGCUUCUACAGUUGCAAUACUGUCAGAGUUUGAUGUGUUCAGGAAAAGAUUAUUGGACACAGGGGGAAUGAAAAUGCUCAGUGAUCUACUCAAGAUUGAGGAUGUUCUAGUACGGAAGGAGACUGCCACUGCAAUCCUUGCAGUCUGUACAGAUGAGGAAGCCAAUGCAUCAGCUGCAGAAAAUGAUGUGCCUGAUAUGCUGCUGGAAUGCUUCAUGGUCACUGAUGAGUUCCUGCUUCUGCUUGAUCGUCUGCCAAAAUCUCCAGAUGUGUUGGAUAGGAUAUGUGAUCAUUCUGUGGAACUGGUGAAUAUCGUCAUUGAAGAACAUGCAAGUGGAACAGUGACGGCCCAGGGCAUCCACUCUGCGAUUUCCUUGAUUUUUAUCAUUGCUCACAGGGACGUGAGUAAGCUGAAAGUGAAGAACGUGGAGGAUUUCAAGGAGCGGUUGCAGGAGCUUUCAUCAAAGAGAAUACCGAUGCAGACGAUGUUUCAGGUGGAAGGAAUAAUCAAGAUUCUCUCAGACAUGUUUCCAAGCUGUCUCCAGCCACACGAAUAGACCAAUCUUAUACUGCCCUUCUGUAUCUGUUGUUCAUGUAUGGGUUCCAGGCAGCUUUACUUCUCUUUACUUACUUUUUUUUCUAGGUUUCAGUUGUUGACUGUGAUGACAAUUUGAUGAACUAUACGAACUGCUCAAAGCAUAUAAAUAGUAUAGUUGAACUUGUUUUCACUGCCUCGUGAGAAAUAUAAUUCUGAUUCCUGUUAUCCUUUCGCUCAAUAAA